AUGUCGCUUUACCAAGAAAUCGUCCUGCCCUCGGGACAGAAAUAUUCACAACCAUUGGGUCUAUUUAUCGAUAACGAAUUUGUACCUUCUAGCAAUGGUAGUACACUGACUACUGAAAAUCCGGGUACCGGCGAAGUAAUUACAUCUGUGCAAGCAGCUGAUCCCGUCAAGGAUGUGGAUAGGGCUGUUAAAUCCGCUAGAAACGGGUUCAAACCAUGGAAAGCCGUGUCAUUAGUCGAGAAAAGGGAUCUGUUUCUUAAACUGGCCCAAUUGGUAGAAGAUAAUGUAGACCUACUGUCACAAGUCGAAUCUCUCGAUUCUGGUAAACCUAUAAAGACCAAUGCUGCGGGAGAUGUGGAAUCCGUUUCUGCUACCCUAAAAUACUUAGCCGGUUGGAUCGAUAAGACUAGUGGAGACGCAUUUUCACCAGCCAAGGGUAAAUUAUGUUACACUUUACACCAGCCAUUGGGUGUUGUUGGAUGUAUUAUCCCAUUCAACUUCCCGCUAGCCAUGAUGAGUUGGAAAUGGACCGCGAUAGCAGCUGGUAACACAGCUGUGUUUAAAUCCGCACAUCAAACACCACUUUCCAUACUGGUCUUUGCCCAAUUGGUCGUAAAGGCAGGUUUCCCACCGGGCGUAUUCAACGUAGUUUCCGGUGAAGGUGAGACUGUCGGUAAUGCGUUAGUAAGUCAUCUCGACGUCAACAAGAUCGCAUUUACUGGUAGUACAAGAGUGGGACAACUAGUUCAAAAAAACGCAGCCAUCAAUUUGAAACCAGUUACGUUAGAGUGUGGUGGUAAGUCUCCUAUUAUGGUGUUUGAAGAUGCAGAUAUAGAUGAGGCUGUUAAAUGGGCAGCAUUUGGUAUAUUCUGCAACAUGGGACAAAUAUGCUCAGGUACUUCAAGGUGCUUUGUACAACGCUCCAAAUACAACGAAUUUUUAACGAAAUUAGUCGCUUACACAAAAGAAAACUUCCCAACGGGUGUACCUGAGGACCCUGAGGUCGUUGUAGGGCCUCAAAUCACCAGAGAUCAACAAACUAGAGUCUUCAAUUACAUCGACGGUGCCGUUGCCGAAGGUUGUAGAGUAGUCCUCGGAGGUUCAGGCCUGCCAGAGACAGUAGCAAGCGAUGAGAAGCAUAACGGUGGAUUUUAUGCAAGCCCUACCAUCUUGGCAGACGCGGAACCCCAUUUCAAAAUUGCUCAAGAAGAAGUGUUCGGUCCUGUGUUGUCAGUAGGUCAAUUUGAUGACUACGAAGACGCUCUGAAGAUCGCCAACGAUUCACAAUAUGGAUUGGGUGCCUCUGUGUUUACGCAAAACAUUGCACAAGCACAUGAAUUCGCGGAUGAAGUAGAAUCUGGUAUGGUGUGGAUCAAUUCAAGUAACGACCUUGACUUCCACAUGCCCUUUGGCGGUGUAAAGAUGUCAGGACAUGGUAGAGAAUUGGGCAGCUAUGGGUUACUAAAUUUUACCAAUGUGAAGGCCGUCUAUGUAAAUUACUGCAAAUUUUGA